AUGCCUCCUGUUCUUACCACAGUUUUUCUCAGAGUGAUCGCUAUUGAGCCUACGAAUGAUUACUCUGAUAAUGAAGUUGCCCUGAACAUCUUUCAUAAGAAUCAGCUUGUUGCUGAAGUCAUGGCUGAUGAUUUAGACAACACAUUCAAAAUUGACUUAAGAAAUGAAUUUGAAAAGAUCUCUCUUGAACUGACUUCAUUGCUGUCAGAUAAUAAGGUCCUUGGUACUGCCUCUUUCACAUAUGACUUUGUCAAGCGUGCCCAACAAGGAAGCGAGUACAUGCAUUUGGUGUACCUUAGCCCUCUAGGAGACAACGAGCUUAAUGUCAAAGAUUGGGGAAGAGAUGCUACAGAAUUUCCUAGAGUAGAAAUCGGUAUAGAGGUGGACAACCAAGCCCAGACUGAAUAUCUAGGUUCAGCAACCUCCAAAAAAGUAUCUACUCACUAUGCAGAUGAUCCUAACUACGUUUCUAGAACUUCUCGAGCAGCCAGUGGAGCUAGAUAUACAUCAACUGUCGAACCAAUUGAAACCAGAACAACUUUGGUUAGAGAUCAAGGAUAUUUGAGCCCGACUAGGAAGAUCUAUGACACUGGUAUCAGAGUAGAUGGAACCCAGCAAACCAUCUACAAGAAAGAAGGCAAAGAAAUCAGGUCUACUCGUCAUGGCAGUGUAGGCAGAGGUCUUGGGAGAGACACUUUUGAAGUCAGAGGUACCAGACCAAGCAAAUUCUCUAGAGUUAGGUCAUCCAAGAAUAUUAGGGUUCAAAUUGAUACCCCUCAACAUAGAGAGAACCUCAAGUUGAUCCUUAAAAGACUUAUUUCAGGACUUGACACGAAGCAUGAUGAUUUGGCUAAAGACACAGAAAAUAGGCUAAAAAUUCUUGAAUGGCUAUUUAAAAAUAAGGAACAAUAUGAAAACACUUUUGGGUCUUCAACAGAUAUUUCUGAGCAGCAAACUUUAGUUUCAGAGAUCGAGAGGGAGUACUCAGACGUUUACAGGAUGGAUGAAAGUGACCUUGAGGCUCUUAGAGCUGAUGUAGACAGAAUCAGAGAAGAACUCACUCAAACAGAAAGAGAUCUUCUCCUUGCCAAAGAGACACGUGAAAGGCUCCUUAAGUUCUUUGGAAGAAGUGAAGAUGACUUAGAAAUCCUUGAAGAAGAAAUAAUCGAAGAUGAACAUGGUAGAACAACCUCCAAAAGACUCAUUAAUCGGUAUAUAAGAAGAGAAGAUAAAGAGAUUCAGGAAGUAAGGGAUGAAAACCAGACAUUAUAUAAAGAACUUGAAGCUCUCAGGAGAAAGGUCAAGCUUUCUCUCACAGCUUCUGAAAGCAAAGGCCUCGGACGUAGAUUUGACACUCUUUUUAAAGAAGUCAACAACAGAAUCAACAGCGUGAGUGGUAGUAAAGAGAUCUCAAACCAAAAUUUCAGGGAACUCCAGCAAGAUUAUCUGAGAUUGGUUGAAGCCAACAUGGAGCUUAAGAAGAAGAAGAUUGAUACUGAAAAUGAGGUCAAAACACUCAAAGAUUUCAUCUCAAACGACAGAGAAUUUAAGCUCUCUCUGGAAGAUCAUGGAACUAGUUCCAAAACACUAGUCAAAGAGAAGAGGGAUCUAGAACGUCAGUAUAAAACCAACCUUGAGAAAAUUAAAGGUCUAGAAGGCAGAGUCGGUGAUAAUGCCAGGGUUGAGCAACUUGACAGAAUGGUAAAAAGACUUGAAACCAAUCUGAGGUUAAGAAAUGAUCUACACAAUGGCAUUCUUAGGACUGCUUCCUCCAACGUGCAGACCAUCGACUUAGACCUAGAGGCAGUCGGUUCAAGUAGAGAAGAUCAAAGAAUCCAAGAUUUACUUGAUAAUAUCGAAAGAACAUCUAAAGAAAUCAAUGCCUUGACAGAUUUGAAAGAAUCAGCAGCUAAAAAGAGAAGAGUGAACAAAAGGAAGAAUGAUUUAUCCUACAGUCUGAACAAGGAUAUCUCUGAACUACAAAGAAAAAUUAAGGAGUCCGAAUCAGAUAGAAGUAGAACCGGAAUCUCCACUGGAAGAGACCCUAACCUUGACAGAGACAUUGACAGAAAGGAAAGAAAGAUCAGGGAGCAGGAAAGGAUCAUCGAUGAUAUCGAGGCUGAAAAGGUUAGACUCCAAGACAGGCUCUCCAUGGGAGAUGCUGCUUUCACAACUUUCGAUGAAGAGGUAAAUGAGAGAGAGGUAGAGUCGCUUAAAAGAGAGCUGGCAGAUAUUAACAGACAACUAGACAGCAAGAGCAGACAGUCUGAUGUCAGAAAGCUUCAGCAAAAGAGAAAGGUGUUGCAAGAGAAAGAAGAAUAUAUUUCUGAACUCCAAAGACAACUCUUUGAUUAGAAAUAAUAUAUUCAACGGU